AUGAAGCAAUAUAAGGGCAUGAAGAAAGCUAUCUACGAUUGCAUGGCCAUUUUGGAGAAAAAUGAAAAUCUUGAUGUCGUCCAAGCUUUGCGAAAAGGAGCCAAGAUCUUGGGUAAUGCCAGAGGCGUUGAAGACGAAGCAAAAGAAGGAGGAGAUGCCAUAGGCGAUGCACUGGGCAACACCCCUGGCACUGACGACUCAUUGGGUUAUGCCCUAGGCAUUACCAAUGCCUUGGAUCAUGUGGAAAAAGACAACAACAAUGCAGGGAAUGACGCCUCAUAA